UUUGGAGUCGUGUUUUAAUUUAUGUACUUGGAGUGUAGCUAAUAGAGCUAGAUCUAGAUCUACUUAUAAUUUAUAUUAAAUAUCAAGGCAAAGAGUAUUAGUAUUAGAUAUACCAGCAAAUGACAAUCAUGGAUUCUAGAAGUAUUGAUUUUGCCAAAACGGCAUCUAUUGACAUGAUGGCCCUGAACAACAAGAUUGUCAAAAUGAGACAAACUGUGAAACGGAGUAAAGUGCAAGUUAUCAACAAACUUUGCAAGUACAUUACAGAACUCAAAAAGAAAAAAGGCACAGAGGAGCAGAAAGAAAAAAAUUUACGCAAAGCUGAAAGAUAUAUUGAGGAAAUUGAUUCAAUUAAGAAAUUAAAAGAAGACAAAGUAUCCAAGUAUGCACUUGCUAAUACAAAGUCAUUUGCAGAAGUGUCUAAGCUAAGCUUAUUGGCUGGUCCACGGGCUUUGGCUCGUCUUGCAGAUCAUCCCCUUAUGAAAAAAGUUGUUUCUGAUUUUCGCCAGCAACACCAGGAUUGGCAAGACCUAGCGGCUUAUCUGCUGAUAAAACAAACCGGGCGUAGAUUCAAGACAAAAAAACAAAAACAAAAAAAACUAGCACAUUGUGUUGAGAACAUUAAUGCUUCAGAGACAAUGACUAAAGCUUAUAUACAUGAAAGGUUUGGGAAGGAAGGUCUGGAAAAAGCAGAACAAAGAUUUGAAAGAAAAAGAAAACGUUCUAAAAUUACAUCUGGUGCUGAAACAAGUGAUGAUGCUUCAGUCCCUAAAGUGGUUGUUGCUGAAUCUAAAGAAAUACAACAGAAAGCAAGUCCAUCUAAAAUAAUAAAUCAAAGUCUUGCAGACACAGAAAAAAGCUUAGUUAUAAAUGAAAGUUUAGAAGAUAAAGAUAAAACCUUAAAUUCAAGCGAAACUACUGAGAAUAACGAUGAAAACUUACAUUCAAUUCCUAUAAAACCUAAGACUAAUAUAAAGAAAGACAUUUUAAAUAAAGAAUCAAAUGAAGUUAAAGAUAUACUCUGCACAGAUAAAAUCAAAGAUGCAAAUAUUGAGAGAGAACAAGCUGGUCUUGAAAUAGUUUGUCACAGUAGCAAUUUGUUGGUGAAACCUAGUCUUGACCAAUCUUCUUCAGACAAACAUAGUCAACAUGACCUCUCUUCAGACAAAGAUAUUGAACAAGAUCUCUCACAUGAUGAAGAUAUUGAACAUGAUCUGUCAGAUGAUGAAGAAAGCAGUUCUAGUUCAGAAGAUGAAAGUGCUGAGCAAUCUUCAGCCUCAUCAAUUGUGGAAAAUGAAGAAGAAAAUAACCCAGAGACUGAAGCUACUGAUGAGCAUCUAAAAAAUAGCAGUAAAAAAUCAGAAUCAAGAAGUGAAUGUGUUGUGAAAGAAUUAAAUCUGGGUGAGGACAAUAGCAGUGAUGUAAUAGAGGAUUCUUCUUCAAGCUCUUCUUCAGAUGAAGAUGAAAGUGACAAAGAAAGUGUAGAUCAUACGCCUGCCCGUAAUAAAAAAAAUAAAAAGAAGGAUGUUCCAGAGUUUUUGACUAAGCCCAAUAAGAAUGUAAUCAGUGACCCAUUUUUCGGCAGUGAUGAUGAGGGGGAAGCUGCACAGGAAGAAAUGGAGUUUAAUGAAUUUGAUAAUGGCGAAGAUGAUUUUUCAUUUGCAGAUAAAAAAAGGAAAGUGGGGUCCAUGUUUUAUAACCCACAUGCCACUGAUGAUGAAAAUUCCAAGAGAGCUCGUUUUAAUGCAGGAAAAUAUCGCGGCUCAUCGACUAAACAAUUUGGCCAUGACAGGUUCAGCAAGGAGCACAGGCCUACAAGUUGGUCUGGUAGAGGAAGUAGAACAGCACCUAGGGGUAGCAUGCGUGGGAGAGGCUCAUUUGGAAACAGAGACAGAAAACCACCUCAUGUUAAAAGUGAUCAACCAGCCAAUACUAACAGGUUUAAAGACAGUUCAAGUAAGACAAAAGUUGAACCCAAAACAGUUUCAAAUACAGAAAAACUUCACCCGUCAUGGGAAGCAAGUAAAAAACGCAAAGCAGAGCAAAGUAGCAUCGCAGCUUUUAAAGGCAGCAAAAUUGUAUUCGAUGAUUAAAAAUGACAUUUUAAUGUACUGAUUUAUUUCCUCGAUU